AUGGGGCCUGAGAACCAGAGCCAUGUGUCCGAGUUCCUCCUUCUGGGGCUCCCCGUCCUGCCAGGGCAGCAGGGCACGUUCUUCGCCCUGUUCCUGGGCAUGUACCUGACCACGGUGCUGGGCAACCUGCUCAUCCUCCUGCUCAUCAGGCUGGAUUCCCGCCUGCACACACCCAUGUACUUCUUCCUCAGCCACUUGGCUUUCUCUGACAUUUCUCUGUCAUCUGUCACUGUUCCAAACAUGCUCAUGAACAUGCAGACUCGGCAACAAUCCAUCCCCUACAUGGGAUGCAUUUCUCAGCUCUAUUUUUUCAUAUUAUUUGCUAGUCUUGACAAUUUCCUUCUGGCUGUGAUGGCAUAUGACAGGUACGUGGCCAUCUGUCACCCCCUUCGCUAUACCACCAUCAUGAGGGAUGAGCUGUGUGUACUGUUGGUGGCUGCCUCCUGGAUUAUUGCCUGUGCUCAUGCACUGGUGCACACUCUCCUCUUGAAGAGCUGCAUGGGGCCUGAGAACCAGAGCCAUGUGUCCGAGUUCCUCCUCCUGGGGCUCCCCGUCCCGCCAGGGCAGCAGGGCGCGUUCUUCGCCCUGUUCCUGGGCAUGUACCUGACCACGGUGCUGGGUAACCUCCUCAUCAUCCUGCUCAUCAGGCUGGACUCCCGCCUGCACACGCCCAUGUACUUCUUCCUCAGCCACUUGGCUUUCUCUGACAUUUCUCUGUCAUCUGUCACUGUCCCGAAGAUGCUUACAGACAUGCAGACGCAGCAACAAUCCAUCCCCUAUGAGGGAUGCAUUUCUCAGCUCUAUUUUUUCAUACUUUUUGGGAGUCUUGACAAUUUCCUUCUGGCUGUGAUGGCAUAUGACAGGUAUGUGGCCAUCUGUCACCCUCUAACCUACACCACCAUCAUGAAGGAGGAGCUGUGUGUGCUCUUGGUGGCUGCCUCCUGGAUUAUUGCCUGUGUUCAUGCACUGGUGCACACCCUCCUUGUGGUCCGACUGUCCUUUUGUGCUGACAAUGCUGUCGCCCACUUCUUCUGUGAAUUCACUGUGCUCACGAAGCUGAGCUGCUCAGACAUCUCCCUCAAUGAGCUGGUCAUCUUCACCGAGGGAGGAAUACUUUUAUUCUUGCCUUUGGCUACUAUUUUGGGCUCAUACAUCCGUAUAGGGAUGAUCAUCGUGAGGGCACCCUCCACUAAGAGACUCUUGAAAGUCUUCUCUACCUUUGGCUCCCAUCUCCUCGUGGUGUCUUUAUACUACGGGACACUUGCAGGUGUUUACUUUUUGUCCUCAUCGUGGGAUUCCAAAGACAUAAUUGCUUCAGUCAUGUACACGGUAGUUACCCCCAUGCUGAACCCCUUCAUCUACAGCCUGAGGAACAGGGAUAUAAAGCAGGCCUUAGAAACGUCUGUCACCAGGGUUAACCUCUUUAAGUGGCAAUCACUAAAUCCUCUUAAUGUAGUCCGGAGCAGAGUGAGGUAUAGCUCCUAA